AUGGCUGCAGCUUUUAAAGGGAUGUGUUUGGUGUCGAGAUGCUGCCUUACAGUUCUGAUGAUAACAGUUUGGAUGGCGUCACUGUCUGUAACAGUCAACUCAGAUCUAACCUAUGCAAAGACCUUGACAUUCGGUGAUGACAAAGGGAAUCACUUACUGGUCAGACGUGACGUCAGUCUCGCCGAGAAUACAACAAAAGGGGACACCAACGGAUAUGACGUCAAAAACGACACAAAGAGUCAGUUAAUGGAGAAAUACAAAACGACCCAGUGGUAUAAAGAAGAUCCUGAUUUCAAGCCAACAAUGUGCAUUCAUAUCAAUAAAACAGACAAUAACACAAUAGAGGGACAUUUCCUUUGUCCGAUGACGAAUGAAUCUCGGGAACAGACUAAAUGUUGUGGGGAGCAAGACAAACAAUUUUGUUGUAAGCCGGAAGUAAAAGGUGGACGAAAACCACCGGCACACGAUGAAACAACAAUGCUGCUGAUGCUGAUUCCACUCUUUCUGAUCCCAAUAAGCCUUUGUCUUGUACUGUACUGUUGCUGCUGCCAGCGUAGACCGGAAGUUCAUUCAGGGAAAUUAGUCUGGAUACGAAAAUCUAAUAAAAAAGAAAUUUAUAUGGCGGAGGGUGGAAUAAAUCCGCCGGAACAGCCAGACACUGAGCUGAUUGGAUUCACUGAACGUGUUGAUGGUCCAAAUGGCACAGAUCAUUCACACCAUGGAAGCUCAAAUGACAUCACCAAGUCUGAAGACGCCGAGGAGGAAGGUACUAAAACGCAUGUGGCACAUUCAGGCCAGGAGAUGACAGUCCCAUUAAUAAACAUACAGGCCAGUACACCAGUCGUGGUAUCUGAGGAAGAGGAAGACAUUUUAGUUCAAGCCUUGCUUGAAAACGUGUGCGGACAUCCAAGGCUUAAAAGACCUGUCAAACCGAAUAUCAUGAUUUCAGUUACUUCGCAACCCGACUCGGUCUUUUGGGGGAUGAUUCAUUUAACGGAAGAUAUCAUUAUCAUAAGGGGCAUCUCCACAGCAUUUGGAAACCGAACCUUUGCUUCUCAAAAUGCAAACUUGCAUCGUAAGCUUUAA